UUCAAAUGGCACUUAGAGGCGUUUGCAUCUGAACUCUUCAUAUGUUUGCUGUAUUACAGUUAUGAGAAAAAUGAAGAGACAGCAAAAAUCUUCAAGGAAAUUAGGAAGGAAAACCCCUAUAAAACAUUCAGACACAAGGGAAUUGUCGUUGGCACAAUGGGGGGAAACAUGGAUCUAAAUCAGGCUAUAUAAUUGUAUCUUAAAAUAUCGCUAAAUACACUUUUUCCCCUUCGAUGUUGGAGUAAACGUUACCCCCAUCAGUGUUGCAAAAGGGAAUGUUUAUUGGCCCGAUUAAAGAAACUUUCAAAUAUGACUGAUCUAGCUAAAAGAUGAAGCGCAAACAAGUUUGAAAUGACAUGAUGAAGGCCCUUCAGCUCUUUCCCCGCAUUCCUCGUCCAUGAAUAAGUCAUUCUCUUGUGUUUCCCAGUGGUUCCCGGGGCCGAGGGAGCAUGUGGGAGUCACAUGUGUGCAGGAGAUGAGCAGUGAAGGCCUCAGCAUGAACAGCACCACUCCUCCUCCUCCUCACGGCGGCGGUGGAGAUGUGGCCGUCAGCUACGUGCUCGUGCCCUUCUUCCUCCUCACUGUGAUCGGGGUCCUGGCAGCAGUGGUGAUGUACAUAAGGAGGAAACGGAGGAUUGAUCGACUGCGGCAUCAGCUGCUUCCGGUCUACACGUACGACCCGACCGAGGAGCUGAACGAGGCCGAACAGGAGAUUCUGUGGAAAGAGGAAGACACAAAGGUGGUCCAGGGUUGGAUGAGGACCUAUCAACAUCGCAGACCCUUGCUUUCAAAGAAUCCUGAUGCAUGAGAAUAAAGAUUCACAAGAUGGACCAUUUUGAGCAAUACGCUACUGUUUUUUCCACGGCAGUUCGAAGCGAUGAGCCUAGAAGAGCUUUAGUGAAAUGAGAAAUGACGUUGGGAUCAUACUUGUUCACCUCAGGUCUCCUCUUGCAAAUAUAGUCCAUUUUAAAGUGCAGCUUUGCUGUCUGAAUAAGAAGGACGUUCAUUUGCCACUGUUACAAUGAAUUUAUUUAUUUUACUUGUAUGUAUUUUGCUGAUAUUCUGUGCUAUUAAAUCCUUGUGAGAGCUGUUUAUUUUA